UCUGAGCCCUCUUCGUUUCAUUGUCAAAUAGAAAUAUGAAGUUCUUGCAAUUGUUAACGAGUAACAGAGCAAGCCAAGGCAUUUCUUAAUUUUGAAAAAAAGAAAAAGAAUGGCUGAUUUUUCUGGUCACUGGGCUUUUGCAUUUGGUGUCCUAGGAAACAUUGUCUCCUUUUUUGUUUUCCUUUCUCCACUGCCGACCUUUUAUAACAUUUACAAGAAGAAAUCAACAGAAGGCUAUCAACCAAUUCCAUAUGUGAUUGCUCUAUUCAGUGCAAUGCUUUGGAUUUACUAUGCAUUUCUCAAGACCAACACGACCCUUCUCAUCACUAUAAACUCAUUUGGGUGCUUCAUUGAAACUAUAUAUGUCGGCUUCUACCUUUUCUAUGCACCAAAGGAAGCCCAGGUCCAAACUGUAAAGCUACUACUUUUAUCAGUGAUUGGUGGCUUUGGAGCUAUUGUCCUUGUCACUCAAUUUCUAUUCGAAGGAGUAGUUCGUGUGCAAGUGGUUGGAUCCAUUUGCCUUGUCUCUUCAUUAUGUGUGUUUGCAACACCAUUAUGCAUAGUGAGACAAGUAAUUAAAACAAAGACUGUGGAGUACAUGUCAUUUCUCCUCUCUGUUUUGCUCACUCUAAGCGCUGUUAUGUGGUUCUUCUAUGGUCUUCUAUUAAAAGACUUCAACAUUGCUCUUCCAAAUGUAAUGGGAUUCAUUUUUGGUAUCCUCCAAAUGGUGCUCUAUGUGAUGUACAACAAGAAAGAGGAAGUCUUUGUAAAGGAGCAGAAUCGUCCCGAGCUAAAAAGCCAUGUCAUAAUGUUACACAAUGACAAGAAUUUCCCAGAACUAAGUGAAGAGCAAAUUAUUGAAAUUGUGAAACUCGGUUCACUGAUUUCAUGUACACAGAAGUUUGAUUUGGCCUUAUGCCUGCAAGAAAAUGUAGUUGAAGAUCAUAAGAAGUGGCGGCAAGCACUGGAAAUCUGAGAUUAUGCCAGUAAAUCAUUCGCUAAUUGAGCCGAGCGAAUCACAAAAUGCACAUAGAUUUAAAUUAUAUACACUGACUUGCAAUGUAUUUAUGAUGAUUCUUUAAGUAUCAAAUGUAUUUAAGUUUUUCCGACAAUUGAAGCUGUGUUGUCCGCUCC